UAAAUCAAAUGCACGUCAUCAACAAGGAAGUAAAACGGAAAACUGGAAAACUGGAAAGCUAGAAACUGAACUCAGAAGCUUGAAUAGAAAGCCGGCAAAACAUGAAUCGAAAACGCAUACAAAAAAAGCAAUCUUUUGGUUGCAUCACAUCUUAAAAUCUUAUUUCGAUAUUACAAUCUUACUACAGAAAUCAUCUUUAGCUUCAGCUUAAAUUGGAAUAUAUUACCAUAGAUAAAUAAAUAGUGAGGUGUUUGUUGUUAUUGCAAAGUAUGAUGGAAUGUUGUGGAGUCUAUUUGUAACUGAAUUGGUGGAAGAAGAGGAAAAUGAAGGUUAUUUUUUGGAUUUUGGAGGGUGAAAAAUGGUUGUUUAAUUUGUUCUCUGAAUGAUGUUCGAGAUGUUGAAGGAGGAAUGUGGUUUUUGUGAAGUCUUUCUACAUUUGAAGUGGCCACAUCCUUUCAGUGGUCCUUGAGGGAUCUUGCAAAAAGGAACACUUGUUAUCAUUCAUUGUGUCCUUGCAGAAGGGAUGGUCUUUCAGUAUGGAGCGAAAUGAGGUGAAGGCUGGCAGUUCCCAUUUAAAUGAGAAGCAACCAAUAGACAGUUCCACAUCUUCUAAAGGAGUUAAUAAGCCUAAGGAAGAAGUUGUGACCACAUCUGUAUUUGUAAAUCAUGCAGCGGAAAUUUCUUGGCAUGAGAGUCGAAGAAAGUGGGUAGGGGAUCAGUCUCAACAACAACAAAAAGUGGCCAAGGACCCAAUUAUAAGCUGGUCGACAACAUAUGAAGAGCUUCUCUGUAAUAAUCAACCUUUUCCUGAGCCAAUCCCUUUGCCGGAAAUGGUUGACUUCUUGGUUGAUAUUUGGCAUGAUCAAGGGCUGUUUGAUUAGUUAAAUGUUAACAACAAUCUAGUAUUGAGAUAAAGAAGGAUAGAGGAGUACUGAACAUUUCGGGUGCAGUAUAUUUCGAAGCUGAUUCUUCCAUACACAUCAAUAUGGUAGUGAUUUGUCAGGAUUGUUUGUUCCUUUCUUCCCAUUUUUUCCUGUUGAAGUUACUAAAUUGGAAUUUUGGCAGUAACUUUCAUACGAAAUUGUUGUAUCAAAUUCAUUGUAAUUGAGACAUAUGGGGAUAAAUAUGGUCUUACUUUUUCUAUGCAUUGAGAAAUAAUGAUACAUAAGGGUUUAAUCAA